CUACUACUACUACUACUACUACUACAAAGUACGAAUGAGGGAGCUUUUGAGUGACAGUUUACUUAAUGACAGACAAAUACCAUGUCAUAUAUCGCAAGGUAAUUUUGGAGCAUGUCCAUAUCAACAUUCAAUCUCAGGAGAUUAGACACACUCUUACAUGGGCCAAGUUUAGACCCUGUCACACAGCUACAUGCUUACUAGGCUGUUAAUGAUAGUGUUAUGAAAAGCCAUCAUCCCUCACAAUCUUUGCAUUGCAAGGAAAAAUUAACAGGUGAUGGAAAACCAUACCCUCCAGUCAGUGGCAGAACAAUUUCACACAGGGCCCCAGGGCAAGACUCUCAUAGGGCCCCCUAUACAGCUUGCCACGCUCACAAUAGGACCCCCACCAACAAUACAAGAGGGCCCUGGGCCCAGGGGCAAGUGCCCUGCUCGCCCUUGUAUAGCUCCACCCCUGCCUCCAGUAGUUUAAGACACACACACAAGAAAUCCACAAACGAAGCAUCAGGCAUCAUUGGAAGUGUAAACCACAGAUACAUUACUUCCAUUUCUGUUUUGCUGACCGUCUGUCAAACAACAUUACCCAUGUAAGGUAAAGCUUCAGGCCAUCCAUGCAUAAACUAAGAAAACAAUUAGUUUUUUUCUUUUUCUUAAACCUGUAUCCAGGACUCUGAACUUUGUAUCAUCACCAGCCAAAACGGCUAGUAGAUGUUAAUCUUACUAGCCAAACACACACUAAUUAUUGGGUCAAAGUGGCUAGUUAGUUGGUCUAUUGGUUAAAGGGACACUGUGUGAGAUUUUUAGUAGUAUUUCGAGAAUUCAUGCUUCCCAUUCAUUAAUGUUACCUUUUUCAUGAAUACUUACCACCACCAUAAAAUAAGUAUUCAUUAUGACGUAAAAAGGGGGAUCUUCUCUAUGGUCCGCCAUUUUGAAUUUACAGAAAUAGCCAUUUUCAGCUGCAAAAUGACUACUUGGACCAUACUAGAAAAUAUUAGUUUAGUACUUCGUAAACUUUCAUGAAAAGAUCAAAUUUGGCAAUAGGCAGCCCCGUUUCAAUUUGCAGCAUAGUUGCAGUACCCUUUUUAACCACUUCCUGCAGAGUGUACCUUUAAUUUAGAUCCCUGCCUGUAUCUGAUAAAUAAGAGUUUGUACCUUGGUUGGUUUGAUAGCACCAGUAGGAAGAUCCCACCAAACCCUAACCUGUUGAUUUUAAAGAGGAGGAAGCUUCUACCAUGCUACACUCUCCCACUAAAACAAGGCAAGUUAUGUUCCUAGUGAAAUGCUGGCAUUAAUAAACAUCACAUACAAUGUCAACUGAUAUCAAGUGAAGAGAUCAAUUCAAAUAACACAAUACUGUAUAUAGAAACAGUUCACACUAAAAAAAAAAUCUGAACAGAUUGAAAUGUAUGCCUCCUUGCAGAAAGUUAUUUUGUAUCAUACAGUACAUCUAAUUAAGUUAAAAAUAAACACUAAACAAAACACAAUAUGACCGACAGCUCUGUACUGUGAUUGCAGCUCCACGGUGUCGUGGCCUCAAUAAACAGGGGAUGUGCAGUGCUAUUUAAGCCUCCUUCCAUACAAAGCCUCCCUACCUUGCUCUGCUGCCCUAACAAUCUUCCUUAUUAGAGAGUGUGCAGAAAGCUAUAUUUGCAUGUUGUCCUUGUAAGCAAAUAUAUACAAUUGCUAGCAGCAGGGCCGCUGACAACUUUAGCUGGGCCCGAGACAAAGUCAUCUGAUAGGGCCCCCUUACCCAAUGCAUUCAAUGUAAUGAGGGCCCACUUAUGGGCCCCCAUCUCCCUGGGCCCGGGACAGCUGACCCCUUUGUCCCCCUUGUCUGCUUCCCUGGCUAGCAGUAUCAGCUAUAAUUUUAAUAGCUCAAUAGGAUUCCAUUGUUAUGCGUCAAUAACCUGAUGAAUAUUCCUAAAAACUUUUUUUUGUUUUUUUUUGGGAAGCACAUAUUGACUUUCAACCCAGUCCUAAAAAUAAGAUGUCACAUUCUAAAAGUGUUUAUUAAUUCCUGCGGGGGAAAAAAAAAUCUUCCAUUUUUUCCCAAAGAUAAGUUUUUUCUUUUUGUCAACUAAUUAGAGACAAAUUGAGGACAGCUGCUUGAAAUGGUGCAUGUUGAUAUUAGUUCGAUUGAACAGACAAUGUAUUACUUGAGUACUAGUUAUCAUGCAUAACUUAAACAACUAGCAUACAUCUAUAUAACAUAUAUACAAAUUAGCAAUUCAGAAGCACAGAGGUUUUUCUUAGCAACAGACUUUGAAUUUCCUUUCCAAAGAUGAAGUCUUCUCUUAUCACUUUCAAGAUCAGAACAGCUGCUAUUUUACUUCUUAGUUUUCAGGCGUCACAGGCAGGAAUUUGAAAGGCCAUGUUCGUGUGGUGCCAUGGCUUGACCAAUAUUGCAAAAAGUCUUGCAUGCACUGUUGUACUGACCAAGACCUUGUAUUUAUAACAAUGCUUAGCUUGCAUGGACCCUGAAACAUUAGACUAAUACUGUGUCUGGUAUUGUGCACAUCUUAAAAUGUAAUUAAGCAUCAAAGGGGUUAGCAAGUAAAGGAAUGACAAGAUGGAUAAACGUAGAAUUUAAGGUUUUUUUUUACAUCAAAAUUAAAUUAUUAUUAUUAUUGUUAUUAUUAUUAUUAUUAUUAUUUAAUUAAUUUAUUUAUUUUUACAUGCACCAUAUGAUAACGUGUGAAGAUGUCAACAAGGACAUGCCCAAAUGUAGCUACAUGGGUUGUUCUGCUGAGUGGCCACCGGGGCCUCUAUAUAAACAGAUGGGUGAGAGGCUCCUUCACACCAACUGCUGCCUAGGUGAGUGGCAUCCACUGGAGAGAGUUGAAGUGAUGCUUUCUUUCACUUGGGUCAGGGGCUACAGUAGAUGCUACCAUACAGUAUAUGCAUGAAGCUAAUUUUGUUAAUUUUGCAAACAAACGAUAAACAAAAUGUAUUGUAUUUUUUACAGAUCCUGGUCAUCAAAACAUCUAAGCUUCAGAUCUUGCUACUUGGUGUGGAAAAGGUUUGUGGAAAUUCUUUGGUUCAAAGAAAAAGAUGCAAAUGUAACAGUAGUUCCAAAUUGUAACUAGAUACAAACUAAAAACUAAUUCUUUCAGUAGUAUGGGCAAAGUCGUUUACGCCCUUGGUUGCUCUCCAUCUAACACAAACAGUUGUUUGUUCAACUACUUUCAAUUACCUCGGGAUGUCACAUCUGCUUUUUGAUCGGUUUCUUGAACUCGUGGGGUAUUUAUCAGGACCUAAUAGUUUGACUUACAUCCUAUUCUGGCAUUCUCUAAAGAACACCAGCAUCGCCUCGUAAGGAUUAUGUUAUGUUUUAAAAACAGCAGUAUGCAUCUAUUAAAUGAUGGACCAUCAGUGUUUCCCAACCUUUUUUGUCCUAUGUACCCCCUAAGUCAUGUUGUCAUAUGAAGAGUACCCAAUUCGUGCAUGCUCUAUAACUAUUCUGCUAUCCCAAAGUGGCUACACUCCAUGCAUUUGUUAUUAUUACAUUUCUCCACGUACACUGUGCCCCUUGAGGUGUGCUUGUGUACCCAUAGUGGUACACGUACUCCUGGUUGGGAAACACCGGUCUACAUCUAGAAGGAACUUGGCUACAAAAAUAAAUGUACCUUUAAAUAGAGGAGAAACACUAGUCAAUGGUAGCAGUGAAUCCUUGGGUAAUCUUGAAAAUAUAGAUUUUUAGUAGAAAUGUUUACUUUCAACACGACUUCUCCAUAACAGUGUGACCAGUCCACAAUACAGUGUAUGGCAGAUAUGGAAAAUGUGUUGUAUUUUAUAAUCAUUGUGAAACAUUAAUGACAUAUAUUUUACAAACUAAUGAGAGGAAACCUCAACCUGCCUUCCUCCUAGGUCACCAACUUGCCAUCAUGGGGGAUGGAGAUAUGGAGUGCUUUGGCCCUGCGGCCGUCUACCUCCGCAAGCCAGAGAGGGAGCGUAUUGAGGCCCAAACCAGACCCUUUGAUGCCAAAACGUCUUUCUUUGUGAUUGACAAAGAAGAAGAUUAUGUGAAAUGCACUCUGCAGAAAAGAGACGGUGGCAAAGCCACAGUGAAAACUCUGGAGGGUGAUAAGAGUAAAGAAGUGACGGUGAAAGAGGAUGAAAUCUUCCCCAUGAAUCCUCCAAAGUAUGACAAAAUUGAGGACAUGGCCAUGAUGACCCACCUCCACGAGCCUUCUGUGUUGUACAACCUCAAAGAGCGUUACGCAGCAUGGAUGAUCUACACCUACUCGGGGCUGUUCUGCGUCACUGUGAACCCCUACAAGUGGCUCCCAGUAUACGAUCAAGUUGUUGUUAAUGGAUACAGAGGCAAAAAGAGGAUUGAGGCUCCCCCCCACAUCUUCUCUAUCUCUGAUAACGCCUAUCAAUUCAUGCUCCAAGAUCGUGAAAAUCAGUCUGUCCUUAUUACUGGAGAAUCCGGUGCAGGGAAGACUGUGAACACUAAGCGUGUCAUCCAGUACUUUGCAACAAUUGCAGUGGCUGGAGGAAAGAAGGGUGAACAGACACAGCAACCUGCUAGUAAAAUCCAGGGGUCAUUGGAGGAUCAGAUCAUUGCAGCCAACCCUCUACUGGAGGCCUAUGGUAAUGCCAAGACUGUGAGGAAUGACAACUCCUCCCGUUUCGGUAAAUUCAUCAGAAUCCAUUUCGGAACAACUGGCAAACUGGCUUCUGCUGAUAUUGAAACUUAUCUGCUGGAAAAGUCAAGAGUGACAUUCCAGCUGUCUGCUGAGAGGAGCUACCAUAUCUUCUACCAACUCAUGACUGGGCACAAGCCUGAGCUGAUUGAGGGCCUGCUUAUCACCCAAAACCCCUAUGAUUUCCCUAUGAUCAGCCAAGGUGAAAUCACUGUCAAGAGCAUUGAUGAUGUGGAGGAGUUCAUUGCUACUGAUACGGCUAUUGACAUCCUGGGCUUCAACGCUGAUGAGAAACUGGGCAUCUACAAACUGACCGGAGCUGUGAUGCAUCAUGGUAACAUGCAUUUCAAGCAGAAGCAGAGAGAGGAGCAGGCUGAGCCUGAUGGCACUGAGGUGGCCGACAAAAUCGCCUACCUCUUGGGCCUGAACUCUGCUGACAUGCUGAAGGCUCUGUGCUACCCAAGAGUGAAGGUCGGAAAUGAGUUUGUGACCAAAGGCCAAACUGUACCACAGGUAAACAACUCAGUUUCAGCUCUUUGCAAGUCUGUAUACGAGAAGAUGUUCUUAUGGAUGGUUAUCCGUAUCAAUGAGAUGUUGGACACCAAACAGCCAAGACAGUUCUUCAUUGGUGUUCUGGACAUUGCAGGAUUUGAGAUAUUUGAUUACAACAGCUUGGAACAGCUGUGUAUCAACUUCACCAAUGAGAAACUGCAGCAGUUCUUCAAUCACACCAUGUUUGUACUUGAACAAGAGGAGUACAAGAAAGACGGUAUUGUGUGGGAAUUCAUUGACUUUGGUAUGGAUCUGGCUGCCUGCAUUGAGCUGAUUGAGAAGCCACUGGGCAUCUUCUCCAUCCUUGAAGAGGAGUGCAUGUUCCCCAAGGCCUCAGACACUACCUUCAAGGGCAAGUUGUAUGAUCAGCAUCUUGGCAAAACCAAGUGCUUUGAGAAACCCAAACCAGCAAAGGGUAAGGCAGAGGCCCACUUCUCCCUCGUGCACUAUGCUGGCACUGUGGACUACAACAUCACUGGCUGGCUGGACAAGAACAAGGAUCCAUUGAAUGACUCUGUUGUGCAGCUGUACCAGAAGUCAUCAGUGAAACUGCUCUGCUACUUAUAUGCAACCCACGCUAGUGCUGAAGCCGAUGGUGGUGGCAAAGGUGGCAAAGCUGGAAAGAAGAAGGGUGGCUCCUUCCAAACAGUGUCUGCUCUUUUCAGGGAGAAUUUGGGCAAACUCAUGACAAAUCUGAGGAGCACCCAUCCUCACUUUGUGCGCUGCUUGAUUCCCAAUGAGUCAAAGACUCCUGGUUUGAUGCAGAACUUCCUGGUACUUCACCAACUGAGAUGUAAUGGUGUGCUGGAGGGUAUCAGAAUUUGCAGAAAGGGGUUUCCCAGCAGAAUCAUUUAUGCUGACUUCAAACAGAGAUACAAAGUGCUGAAUGCCAGUGUUAUCCCAGAAGGACAAUUCAUUGACAACAAGAAGGCUUCUGAGAAGCUCUUGGGUUCCAUUGAUGUGGACCACACUCAGUACAUGUUUGGACACACCAAGGUGUUCUUCAAAGCUGGGCUGCUGGGUGUCCUUGAAGAGAUGAGAGACGAGAAGUUGGCAGCUCUGGUCACAAUGACUCAGGCACUCUGCCGUGCUUACCUGAUGAGGAGGGAGUUUGUCAAGAUGAUGGAAAGGAGAGAAUCUAUCUACACCAUCCAGUACAACAUCCGUUCAUUCAUGAAUGUGAAAACCUGGCCGUGGAUGAAGGUCUACUUCAAGGUGAAGCCACUUCUGAAGAGUGCUGAAACUGAGAAGGAACUUGCAAACAUGAAGGAGAACUAUGACAAAAUGAAGACCGACCUGGAGACUGCCCUUGCAAAGAAGAAGGAAUUAGAGGAAAAAAUGGUUUCCCUGCUCCAAGAGAAGAAUGACCUGCAAUUAGCUGUAGCAUCUGAAACUGAGUGUCUCUCAGAUGCUGAAGAGAGAUGUGAGGGACUUAUUAAGAGCAAAAUUCAGCUGGAGGCAAAACUCAAAGAGACAACCGAGAGGCUGGAAGAUGAGGAGGAGAUCAAUGCUGAGCUCACUGCCAAAAAGAGGAAACUGGAGGAUGAGUGCUCUGAGCUGAAGAAGGACAUUGAUGACUUGGAGCUUACCUUGGCCAAAGUGGAAAAAGAGAAGCAUGCCACAGAAAACAAGGUUAAAAACCUGACAGAGGAGAUGGCAACUCAGGAUGAGAGUAUUGGUAAGUUGACCAAGGAAAAGAAAGCCCUCCAAGAGGCACAUCAGCAGACUCUGGAUGAUCUCCAAGCAGAGGAAGACAAAGUCAACACUUUGACAAAAUCAAAGACCAAACUUGAACAACAAGUGGAUGAUUUGGAGGGUUCAUUGGAGCAAGAAAAGAAACUCCGCAUGGACCUUGAAAGAGCCAAGAGAAAGCUUGAGGGUGACCUCAAACUUGGUCAAGAAACCAUAAUGGAUUUGGAGAAUGACAAACAACAGUCUGAGGAGAAAAUCAAAAAGAAGGACUUUGAGAUAAGUCAGCACCUCAGUAAGAUUGAAGAUGAGCAAUCACUCGGGGCUCAACUUCAGAAGAAGAUUAAAGAACUUCAGGCCCGCAUUGAGGAACUGGAAGAGGAGAUUGAAGCUGAGCGUGCUGCUCGGGCUAAAAUUGAGAAGCAAAGAGCUGAUCUCUCCAGGGAACUUGAGGAGAUCAGUGAGAGGCUUGAGGAGGCUGGUGGAGCCACUGCUGCUCAGAUUGAGAUGAACAAGAAGCGUGAAGCUGAGUUCCAGAAGCUGCGCCGUGAUCUUGAAGAGUCUACCCUGCAGCAUGAAGCUACUGCUGCUGCCCUCCGCAAGAAGCAGGCUGACAGCGUGGCUGAACUGGGAGAGCAGAUUGACAACCUUCAGCGUGUCAAACAGAAGCUGGAGAAGGAGAAGAGUGAAUACAAAAUGGAGAUAGAUGACCUCUCCAGUAAUAUGGAGGCUGUGGCUAAAGCAAAGGCAAAUCUGGAAAAAAUGUGCCGCACUCUUGAGGAUCAGAUGGGUGAGGUUAAAGCAAAGGCGGAUGAAAACAUGCGUCAGUUUAAUGAUGUUAGCGGCCAGAAGGCAAGGCUUCAAACUGAAAAUGGUGAAAUUGGACGACAACUUGAAGAGAAGGAAGGUCUUGUCUCUCAGCUGACCAGAAGCAAACAAGCCUACACCCAGCAGAUUGAGGAGCUGAAGAGGCAGGUUGAGGAGGAAGUGAAGGCAAAGAAUGCCCUGGCUCAUGCUGUCCAAUCAGCUCGUCAUGACUGUGACCUGCUAAGAGAGCAGUUUGAGGAGGAGCAGGAGGCCAAGGCUGAGCUGCAGCGUGGAAUGUCCAAGGCCAACGGUGAAGUGGCUCAGUGGAGGGCCAAAUAUGAGACUGAUGCUAUCCAACGUACUGAAGAGCUGGAGGAAUCCAAGAAAAAGCUUGCACAACGUCUCCAGGAUGCUGAGGAGUCCAUUGAGGCUGUCAACUCCAAAUGUGCCUCCCUGGAGAAGACCAAACAGAGACUCCAGGGUGAAGUGGAGGACCUCAUGAUUGAUGUGGAAAGGGCUAAUGCCCUCGCUGCCAACCUUGACAAGAAACAGAGGAACUUCGACAAGGUCCUGGCAGAAUGGAAGCAGAAGUAUGAAGAGGGCCAGGCUGAGCUGGAAGGUGCCCAGAAAGAGGCUCGCUCUCUCAGCACUGAGCUCUUCAAGAUGAAGAACUCGUAUGAAGAGGCUUUGGAUCAGCUGGAGACCCUUAAGAGGGAGAACAAGAAUUUACAGCAGGAAAUUUCUGACAUCUCAGAGCAACUUGGUGAAACUGGUAAGAGCAUUCAUGAGCUCGAGAAGGCUAAGAAGUCAGUGGAGACUGAGAAAUCAGAAAUCCAAACAGCGCUGGAAGAAGCAGAGGGCACACUUGAGCAUGAGGAGGCCAAGAUUCUUCGUGUUCAGUUGGAGCUCAACCAGGUGAAAAGUGAGGUUGACAGGAAGCUGGCAGAGAAGGAUGAGGAGAUGGAGCAGAUCAAGAGGAACAGCCAGAGGGUGAUUGACACCAUGCAGAAUACUCUAGACUCUGAGGUCAGGAGCAGAAAUGAUGCUAUGAGAGUCAAGAAGAAAAUGGAGGGAGACCUCAAUGAGAUGGAAGUUCAGCUCAGUCAUGCCAACCGCCAGUCAGCUGAAGCUAUAAAGCAGCUCAGGAAUGUCCAAGGACAGCUCAAGGAUGCCCAACUGCACCUUGAUGAUGCUGUCAGAGGACAAGAUGACAUGAAGGAGCAGGUUGCCAUGGUGGAGCGCAGGAAUGGCCUCAUGGUGGCUGAGAUUGAAGAACUGAGAUCUGCUCUGGAACAGACAGAGAGAGGCCGCAAAGUGGCCGAGCAGGAACUGGUGGAUGCCAGUGAGCGUGUUGGACUGCUGAAUUCACAGAAUACUAGUCUCAUCAACACAAAGAAGAAACUGGAAGCUGACCUUGUCCAGAUUCAGGGUGAGGUUGAUGACAUUGUUCAAGAGGCCAGAAAUGCGGAGGACAAGGCCAAGAAGGCCAUCACUGAUGCGGCCAUGAUGGCUGAGGAACUGAAGAAAGAACAGGACACCUGUGCUCAUCUGGAGAGGAUGAAGAAGAACCUGGAGGUCACUGUGAAGGACCUGCAGCACCGCUUGGAUGAGGCUGAGAACCUGGCCAUGAAGGGUGGAAAGAAACAACUCCAGAAACUGGAGUCUAGAGUGCGUGAGCUGGAAGGUGAAGUUGAUGCAGAACAAAGACGUGGAGCUGAUGCUGUGAAAGGCGUCCGCAAAUACGAAAGGAGAGUCAAGGAACUCACCUACCAGACUGAGGAGGACAAGAAGAAUGUCACCAGACUGCAGGAUCUGGUGGACAAACUUCAGAUGAAAGUCAAGGCCUACAAGAGACAGGCUGAGGAAGCUGAGGAGCAGGCCAACACUCACCUGUCCAGGUUCAGGAAGGUGCAGCAUGAGCUUGAGGAGGCUCAGGAGCGUGCUGACAUUGCUGAGUCCCAGGUCAACAAGAUGAGGGCCAAGAGCCGUGAGGCUGGAAAGUCCAAAGACGAGGAGUGACCGGUGAAGAUUUACAGUAACAACAAAGGACUCAUAUAAUAUGAAUUCUUUAAUAAAGCCAUCUAAGCACUGAAUAUGAUUUUUUUUAAAAUUCACUUUCCAAUGUAUCUUACAUAAUGAUUAUUUUGUUCAAAACACGUGUUUUAAAUGUUAAAAUCUAUGAGGUUUACUGCUGAAAGGAAAUCUUGCUGAAUGGUACUGAACUUAUUUGUGAUGCAUUUUUGGGGAUAGCAUUUAUAAGAUAACAAUAUUGUCAAAUUGUGCACAUCCUCCAGUCUGUGUAUAUUUUGGUAAUUGGAUGUUCCCUUCAUGAAUGGGAAUUAGGAAACAAAAAACUACUGAUUGAUUUGAUUUCGUUUUUGAAGCCCAAAACCAAUAAUUGAAUUACACAAAACUCUUCUUUCAUUUUCAUUUUUAAUUCAAAGUCAACAGGAAUGAAAAAACACAGACCAAAAAGUCAUAUAGGUCAUACAGGAGCGUAUUUGACAGCAAGAAGGUCCGUGUACUUUUUCGUUCAUUCAUUAUUCUAUUUUGGAAUGAAAGAUGAAAUUAAAAAAGGGUGCAACUUCUUGUUUUGUUUGGAAAGUUUACUGUCUGACUCGCACCAGAAAAGCUCUAGCUCUCUAGAGACCAUACGAGACAUAAGCAAAGAGAAAUAUAAUAGAAAAAUAAUAGAAUGAAAAACACAUCUUUUUGCCAUGUGCUGGUUUAGCAAGUCUAUGCGCAGCACAAGUUUAUGGUCAGUUUCUUGGAGCGUGCAGUACAUGUGCCUUUUUCAAUUAGAUUUCCUACAUGGACUUUACUUUACAAACGGAUUGCAAAAAAGUUGGGACACUUGAUAUUUUGUGAAUUAAAGCAAAAUACUUUAGAAAAAAAGAGGUAUCGUACACCAAUAAAGUCUUUCUUGAGGUGCUGGCUUCCUGAGCAUACAAAUGUUAAAGAAAAUGAAAAAAAUGCCGCACACU